AUGCCUGAUGCCCGUGUCCCACCGACCCGCGCGAAGGCGGGUAGCCGUGGCGGAGGCAGCAAGAAGUCCAAGCGGCAACAGGAGAGCGACAGCAGCGGGGCGGGCAGCCAGGACGGUGACAACACGCAUAGCAACCUGACGGAGCUGGAGGAGCGCGUCAACGACCUGGGUGACUCGUGGGAGACAGAGUCACUCUUCGAGGACGUGCUUGACGACCUGAUCGAAGAGGGCGGGCUGGCCGACAGCGCCCUGGGCAGCGACCCCGAGAUUUGCACGCCCGAAGAGGCGGUGCGCUAUCGUCAGGAACUGCGCGCGAUUGGGCCCGAGGAGUUCUGUCGGCGCACGGUGGACGCGGGCGUGAUCUCGGCCAAGAGGCUGCUGACCGCGUUUGGCGUGCGGCCACCAGCCUUCCUCGAGGGCGAGCCGGACGAGUCGUACUUUGGGCUGCUGAGCCUGGCGCUGAGCCGCGAGCUGCUGAAGCGCGCCAAACUGCAGCGCUACAACUCGGUCGAUGACGCGGUGCAGCUGCUGCAGAAGAGCCAGAACAUCAUCGUGCUGACGGGUGCCGGCAUCAGUACGUCGCUGGGCAUUCCCGACUUUCGCUCCAAGGACACCGGGCUGUACUCACGCCUGGAACAUCUGGGCCUGAGCGAUCCGCAAGAGGUCUUUGACAUCAACGUCUUCCGCGAGGACCCGUCCAUCUUCUACUCGGUGGCACGUGACAUUUUGCCAGCCACCGACCGCUUCACGCCCACACACGCCUUCAUCGCCAUGCUGCAGCAGAGGGAGAAGCUGCUGACGAACUACUCGCAAAACAUUGACAACCUGGAGGCCAAGGCCGGCAUCCGGCCCGACAAGCUGGUGCAGUGCCACGGCUCCUUUGCCACGGCAUCGUGUGUCGCCUGCGGCUACCGCGUCGAUGGCGAGUCCAUCUUUCCGACCAUCAAGGCUGGCGACAUCCCGCACUGUCCCGAGUGCGCGGCCCGGUUCCAGUCUGCGACAGCGGGCAACAGCCGGAAGCGGAAGGCCGGCGGCGGUGGUGGUGGCGGCGGUGGCAGCAACGGGUCCCUGAGCAGAAGCGAGAGCGUCGACAGUGCAAGGGUGUCGGCAGCAGCAGCAGCGGCAGUAGAUGGGCCACGGCCGCGAGGACGUCCGCGCGGAGGACGAGCAGGGCGGUCAAAGAUGCGGCGGCUGAAUCGACGGGGACGCAGCAGCAGCGACGGCAGCUCGGACAACGACGACGAUUUGGGCCAGGACGGCGACGUCGGGGUGAUGAAGCCGGACAUUACGUUCUUUGGCGAACCACUGCCGGACGAGUUCUCACAGCGGCUGACGGAGCACGACCGCGACCGAGCGGACCUGGUCGUCGUGAUCGGCACGUCGCUCAAGGUGGCACCCGUAUCGGAGGUGGUGCCGUUCAUGCCGCCGCACGUGCCGCAGAUCUACAUUUCGCGCACGCCGGUACACCACAUCAACUUCGACAUCGACCUGCUGGGCGACUGCGACGUCGUGGUGGCGGAGCUGUGUCGCCGGCUGGGCUGGGACCUGCAGCACGAGAUGGUGCCGGCGGGCCAGAAGGUGCGCAUCGAGACACCGCUGGGCGUGCACGGCAGUCAGCAUACGUUUACGGAGUUGAAGGAAGCGGCAGUGAAGGAGGAGGCCGUCAUCGGUUUGAAACAGCCCCCAGGCCUCGGUCCAAAGUCCCGUCUCUUCCCGGACCUCCCCGGCCGCAGAACGGCAGGAGACGACGAGAACUGCUUCAACUUUUCCGCUCCCUCUAGCAUGACGCCCUGCGCCAUCCGAGCACCCGCUGAUUGCCGCCGCAGCCUGCUUGCCCCUGUCGACCGGUUCCGCCGACGCAACCAUCUAAUCACCCACACCGCUAUCAUGGUCUUUGUCGGAGUCUACAAGGCCGUAUACGACUACGUUCCCCAGUCGGAGGGCGAGCUCGCCAUCGGCGAGGGCAACCUGCUCUAUGUCCUCAGCAAGGACGGCGAUGACGGCUGGUGGAAAGCCAAGAAGAAGGCUACUGGCGAUGACGAUGAGGAACCUGAGGGUCUAGUGCCGACCAACUACAUUGAGGAGGCCGAACCGACUGGUCAAGCUCGUGCACUUUACGACUACACGCGGCAGACGGACGAGGAGCUGUCGUUUCCCGAGGACGCGCGUCUCGCCAUCUACGACGCGACAGACCCUGACUGGAUCCUUGCCGGCUAUGAGGGCGAGUAUGGCUUUGUGCCCGUCAACUACAUCGACCAGAGCGAUGCCGGCGGUGUUCCGGCGUCGUCGUCGGCCGCGCACGAAGCGGCAGACGAAGAGCCGGCACCGCCAUCGCUUUCCACGCGACAGGCUGCUGCUGCUGCUGUCGAACCGGCCGAGCCCAGUCCUCGCCUCCCACCGCGCAGCCCGACCGGACCUGGGCCUGCUGCAGCCCUGGCCGGUGUGCUGGCCGGGCGGUCGGCCCCAGCCAGUCAGGCGGCGGUUAGCACGCCGACGCGCCAACAACACUUUCCCGACGAUGACGAUGACGAAAGCAUUCAGUCGCCACCGCUGCCGACGCGUCCACGGCCGCAGCAGCCACCAUCGCAGCAGCAGCAACAGCAACAGCGACAGCGACAGCAGCAGCAGCGUGCACGGUUCGCAGAGGACGACGGAGAACUGUCACCACCACUGCCGCAGCGGAGCAGCACGAUGGGCCUAGGCCACGAUGAGAGCAGGAGACACGCCAACAGACACCAGGGCGGCCACGAGAUGUCGCCGGAGCGGGAAAAUGUGCUGAGUCCGGGGGCCUUCCACCUGUAUAACAUCUCGGAGAUGGUGUCGGUCAUGGGCAAGCGUAAGAAGAUGCCGACGACGUUGGGAAUCAACCUGAAGACGGGCAAGAUCCUGAUCGCGCCGGAGAAGGCUCAGGACGGGCCGUCACAGGAGUGGUCGGCAGAGCGGAUGACGCACUACUCACGGGAGGGCAAGCACGUGUUUAUGGAGCUGGUGCGGCCUAGCAAGAGCCUGGACCUCCACGCGGGCGCUAAGGACACCGCAGAGGAGAUUGUGGCCGCGCUGGGCGAGCUGGCCGGAGCGUCGCGGGCCGAGGGUCUGCGCGAGGUGAUCAUGGCCGGCACGGGCUACACGCUGAAGAAGGGCGUGAUCCUGUACGAUUUCAUGGCGCAGGGUGACGACGAGGUGACGGUGGCGGCUGGCGACGAGGUGACGGUGCUGGACGACACCCGCAGCGAGGAGUGGACGCAGGUGCGGCGGGUGAAGAACGGCAAGGAGGGCGUGGUGCCGAGCAGCUACGUGGAGGUGACGGGACCGGUAGCGUCGGCGGCUACGGUGCUGCCACCGGUGCCGUCGUACAUUGGACGGCCGGAGUCGCCAGACUACUCGCCGAACUACACGCCGCGGCCGGUAUCGCCCAAGGUGAAGGCCAAAGACGGGGCCGGGGCAUCGAUCACGUCCAGGGGCACGGUGGCGCAUAACCGGGCGGAGGAGGAGCGCAUGACGCGGGCAGCGGUGCGGCUGGCGGUCAAGGACGAGGCAGAGUCGUCGCGCCGCGGAUCCGAGGUAGGACACUCUCCCGAGGAUGCUCUGCCCCUGAAUCUGGCGCGGAAGGUGCCGCGAUCGGCUAAGCACGAGGGUGGCCGGGCGAACGGCGGCAGUUCCGGGACGAAGACAAAACCCGAUGCGACCAAGGUGCGCACAUGGACCGAUAGGACCAAGUCUUUUAGCGUGGAGGCGCAGUUCCUCGGGCUCAAGGACAGCAAGAUCAGCCUGCACAAGAUGAACGGGGUCAAGAUUGCGGUGCCGGUGGCCAAGAUGUCGCUGGAGGACCUCGAGUACGUGGAGCGGAUGACGGGCGUGUCGCUGGACGAGGACAAGCCGUUGUCGAGUCUGAAACGUAAGACGCAGCAGCAGCGGGACGCGGGGGGCAAGGUAGGCGCGUCGAUCGAGCCGCGGAAGCCGGACUACGACUGGUUCCAGUUCUUCCUGUCGUGCGAAGUGGCCGUGGGGCUGUGUGAGCGCUACAGCCAGGCGUUUGUCAAGGACAACAUGGACGAGAGCGUGCUGUCGGACAUUGACGCGACCGUGCUGCGAACAUUGGGACUGCGGGAGGGCGACAUCAUCAAGGUGAUGCGGUGUCUGGACCUCAAAUACGGCCGGACGAAGAAGACGGCCGGCGAGGGCGACGCCGAUGCAGGCGGCCUGUUUUCCGGUCCGGGUGGAGCACUGCGCAACAACACGCGGCGCGGACGGCCGGCACCGACGACGCAGACGAGCGACGUGGUGGACGUGGGGGCCUUUUCGCAAAAGCCGGGCGGCGAGAGCAACGGCAGCGUGUCGUCGCCGCCACAAGGUGGUGGCGGCUUCGAUGACGAUGCAUGGGACGUGAAGCCGUCGCGACAGGCCGAGACAGGUCAGCCGGCAGCAGCAGCAGCAGCAGCAGCAGCUCCGACAGCUCCGGCAGCUCCUCCGGUGGCAGCAGCGCCGGCACCGGCACCAGCACCAGUUCCACCUCCGGCACCACCGGUGAUGCCGGCCCUCACAGGAUCGCUGCAGGAGCUGUCGCUGCUGACUCAGCCGCUUCCUGCAGAGAAGCUCAACCCGAUGCCGACGGCGGCUCCGAUGCCGGUGAUGGUGUCGCAGCCGGUGAUGGCGCCAGCCGUGACGUCGCCACCGCCGAUGUCGAUGCCAGGAGCGACGCCGGGCUUCUUCACCUCGCUGCAGCAGCAGGGAAUGAUGGGGGUCAACGGACUGCAACAGCAGCCGACGGGCAUGACGAUGAACGGACUGCAGCAGCAGCAGCAGCCGACAGGCAUGACGGUCAACAACCUGCAGAUGCAGCAGACCGGCGCAUAUGCCCGGGCCCGGCCGAUGGCGCCGCAGUACGGCCAGAGCCAAGUCGGACUGUUGCCGCCGCCUCCACCGCCGUCGCGACCGUUGUCGGCUCCUCUGUCGGCCCAGCCGAGCGUGUUUGGACCGCCGCCACUGCAGCCACAGAUGACCGGUCUCGUGGCCGGCCAGACAGGCAUGAUGCCGAUGAUGACGGGCAUGCAGGGCCAGUUUGCAUCACAGCCGAUGAUGAUGCAGCCUACGGGCUUCCAGCAGCAGCAACAACAGCAGCAACAGGCUCUGCAGCCGCAGCCGACAGGCCACUUCACACAGGGUUUUGGCAACUACGGCAUGACACCGCCAGCGGUUCCUGUGCAAGCUCCGGCGCCACUGAUGCCGCAGCAGACCGGCCCAGCACCACCGGUUCGCUUCGGCGUCACCGAGGGCUCCAAGCUGAUGCCGCAAGCGACCGGACGACGGGCAAACCUGUCAGCAGCCACGCCCGACAAUCCGUUUGGCUUUUAA